GUAUCCGGCCGCACCGAGACCAAGGACGUUCCAGCCUUCCCUCCGAGCGUCCCUCUUUCCUCUCCGCUACUCGCCGUCCACCGCCACCGCCGCCGCCUCCUCGAGGUGAUGCACAAUUCUUCUUCAGGCCCCCCGGCGAAGCCGAGGGUGGGAUCGUCUCAGCCCUCUGAAGCUUCUUUUAAGCGCAAGCGUGGGGUCUUUCAGAAAGAUCUGCAACACAUGAUGUAUGGAUUUGGGGAUGACCCCAAUCCACUUCCAGAAACAGUCGCACUACUGGAGGACAUUGUUGUGGAGUAUAUCACUGAUUUGGUGCAUAAAGCUCAAGAUGUAGGAUCAAAGAGGGGGAAGCUUUUGACCGAGGAUUUUUUGUAUCUAAUUCGUAAGGAUCCGCCGAAGCUCCACCGAUGUACUGAAUUAUUGUCCAUGAAUGAAGAGCUCAAGCAGGCAAGGAAAGCUUUCGAUGUAAGUGAAGAGACCCUGGCAAAUGCCGACUGAAAUUGAUGGCUUCGGUAGCGCGCAUGUCCCAGAUAGCAUUCAGUUAUCUUGGCUAUAAUAGCGAGCAGCCUCUAAAUUAUUGUGCGACUCGUUCGCUGCUGAGCCUUUAUUGUUCUUCAAUAUCCUCACCCUUGUAAAAUAACAAGACUGAUAUUUUGGACAUUUACGUUAUAAUUUGUGUGAUAUACGGGAUCAACAUCCUUAGCUAAGCCCAGGUUCUACUUGUCUUGAAAUCCUUGUUUUUUUUUCUUUUUUUAUAUUCAACCUUUUGUGUUUCAA